CUUAAUACAAACCAUUCAUACAUUCAAUGAUAACUACAAUCAACUCAAGAGUCAACACUUACCACAAGAAGUCAAUGAAGUAUGAAUGACACGAAUGAAGAGAUAAUUGUGGCCACAGAUGACAACACACGCGAUGGCAGUGAAAGUGAGACAAAAACCAAAGCAAAUGUUGUAUUAUUCAACAAAACGACGGGAAGUACUAAACAAGUGGUGAAAAGUGAUAACAAAAUUGUGGUCAAAAGUGUCAAACUAUUUGUCUGUCAAUCGAAAGGCUGUGAAAAACAUUUCUUUAAUAAGCGUUGGUUUGAGGCUCACAUGAAAACCCAUUCCUCUGAAGCCAUCAAUGGUUCCGAUAAGUCUAGAAAACAACUUCUGGAAGCCAUUCAACGCCAGAAACGAUUCAAAUGUAAUGUCAAAGACUGUGGGAAACAAUUUGCAUAUAAAGUAGAGUUGAAUAACCACUCGAGAACUCAUAUCUCGAAAACUAUUCGUUGUUUGGACACUAACUGCGAGUUUGUCACCGAAGACAAGACACAAUUGAUUGAACACAUGGAUCACAUGCACUCAAUCACACUAACGAUAUGUGACUUUGAGUCUUGUGGUGAACUGUUCACUAAUAAAGAGUUAUUCACAUCGCAUGUGAAACAGUGCCACAAGACUGACACAGAAAUGGCAGCAACUUCUACGACA